AUGGAAAAUGAGCAAUUAGAAGAUUUUAUUAGAAAUCAUCUAAUGAUUAAAACAAACGAAAAGGAAAUCGAAAAGAAUAUAAUUCAAUUACUUGAAUUAGUUCGUUCAUAUUUUUCAUUUGAAUGUUCAUUAAAUAAUAUCUUUAAUAAACCUAAAACAGAAGAAUGUCCAAUUUGUUUUGAAACAAGAGAAGUUGGGUUAAUGUAUUCUAUUGAACCUUGUAAACAUAGAUUUUGUUUAUGUUGUUUAAUUGAACAUGUUAAACAAAAAGCUACAAAUGGAGAAUGGGAAAUUAAAUGUCCUGAACAAGAAUGUGAAACAAUUAUUCCUCUUUCAACUCUUGUAAAUGAUGGUUUAAUUCAAGAAAUUAAUGUAUUAAAUAAAUUAGAAAUGAAUGGAGUUCAAGCAAAUUUACGAAGUGAUUCACAUACUAGAUAUUGUCCAAAAUGUGGAUAUGCUAUUAUUGGUACAAGAAAAACCCCACGAAUUGUUUGUCCACAAUGUUCAUUUGUUUAUUGUUAUAAUUGUAAAGAAGAAUACCAUGAAGGAUAUUCAUGUAAACAAUAUCAACAAUGGAAAAUUGAUAAUGGAAAAGGCGAUGAAGAAUUUAAAAAAUAUGUUAAUACUCAUUGUACUCGUUGUCCAAGAUGUAAAAUACCAGUAGAAAAAAUUAAAGGAUGUAAUUUUAUUCGAUGUGAUUUAAAAAAAGGUGGAUGUGGGUGUGGAUUUUGUUAUGCCUGUGGAAAAGAAGUAUCACAUCAUUCAGCACAUAUUUUAAAAAGAAAUUGUUCAUUAUCAGGAGAAGAAUUACCGAGAUAA